UAAAAAUCAAUAAAUAAAAAUUUUAGAAAAACUGAGACUUACUGAUACCUAUAAGUAUUUUUUUAAAAGCUUAUUUUGCAGACUUAGAUUUUCCUUGGUUAAACUUAUCCACACCCUUGAAAGAGGAGUGAUCAGAAAUUUGUUUUAAAGUUGAAGCACUAAGUAUGGUUAAAUACCCGCUUGCAUUUUUAAAAAUUCAUAAAUAUAAGUUAUACAAGAAUUAUUCAAAACUUAAAAUAAGCACUAAAGCUACCUAUAAUAUAACUCUCUUUAAACCAUGCAUUAGGUUUUUACUAGUUAUUGUACAACAGCCAUGAUGAAAGCAUUUACUGUGUAAAUUUGCUGUGCCAUGCCUGGUAUCUGAGAAUUACCCAGGUGUACUAUACUAGUCUGGUAACUUGAAUAAUUUGACUUGAGUGGCCUGAAAUUUUUAAAGAGACAGCAAAGAGCUCUUACUUUCCUAAUCAGUGACACAUUUAUGAGACAUCAAAAGCCACAGUCUGCACUAGUUCAUAUUUUGGUUGACAUAAGAUUUGGUAUAUAACACAUUUGAGUGUAUGUUGCUCUUUAUUAUAAUUUAUUAAAUAGUUAAAAUGACAUUUAUUCAAAUGUUUCACUUUCCUAGUGGUUUGAAUACACCAGGGUUAAAUGAUCCCUUGAGGUUCCUUGCAGCACUGUGAGUCCUUAGUAGCAAUUGAUAUUUUGGGGGCGAGAGGCCUCCAUCAGAAGGACUUGGGUCCCCAAUAGCAAUUGAUUUUUUAUGGGGGCUGGUAAGUUUGGGGAUCAAGUUGAUUAACCUGUAAAAGUUCUAAAAAUGGUUGUCUACCAUUGAUGGGACAAUUGCAUGAUGUUUUAAAUUUAAAGGGUAUAGGAUUAUUAAUUUUUUUUGUAUCUCAUGCUAGGUAUCUGAAUUAUAGUUUCUUCGGAUCUGAUAAUGCUUUCAUGGUCCAUUAUCUUAAGUUAUCAGUAAUUUUUUUUCACUUCUUCUCUAAUGAUGUGCAUAUUCACUGUGCAAUAAACUAAAAAAAAAAAUUUUAAGGAAGAAGCUAAAAUUGCCAUAAUAUCACAAUACAGAGUUAACCACUAUUUCUCUUAUAGUGUUUUUUCCUAUGCAUAUUGUAAUACAUUUUCCAAACAUAUUCAUUGUAGGGGAAAAAGAAAAUAAAAACAAACCCAAACUCUCUUUAAUCAUACCACUCAGUGAUAAUCAUUUUGGUGUAUAACUUUCCAUCCUUUUUUCUACACAAAGUGGAUGGAUAUACACAUUUCCUUUAUAGCAACUUGGAUCAUAUGCCUAUCCUGUUAUUUCACUUACCAUUAUAUGAGAGCAUUUCCUCAGGUCAAUAAUAAUUUUUCAAAAAUUUCACUUUUAGUGGUGGCAUAUUACAUUUUGUAAAGUCCAAAAACUUGAGUUCUUUUGCCCCUUCUCCAUGAAUGGAUGUUUUCAGUAACUUCUGGUUUUUCACUAAUUUAAAUAAUUAUGCAGGUAACUUUUUUGCAUAAAAUUUUCUGUGUCUCUAUUUCAUGUAAAGUCCUAUAAAGGGAAUUAUUGGAUUAUUUUUAAGACACUUUAAAUAUACUGACUAGUUUCUAGAAAAGUUGUACUGACUUAUACUCCCACCUCACUUUUUAAGAACCCUUUAUAAAAUUUCCUUAAAUCACGCAUACCUUGGAGAUAUUUUGGGUUUGAUUCCAGACCACUGUAAUAAAUCGAGUAUUGCAAUAAAGCAAGUCAUAAUCUCUCUUUGCUGGUGAAGAGUCUUACCUUCAGUUUGUAAACACCCAACACCUGUGAAGCACAAUAAAACAAGGUAUGUUUUUUCAAUUGAGAGUCCUGAAGAGAUACGAGAGUAUGUUACUGACCUCCUUCAGGGAAAUGAGGGCAAAAAAGGUCAAUUCAUAGAAGAGCUUAUAAACAAAUGGCAAAAGAAUGACCAGGAGUUGAUUUCUGAUGCUCUUCAGCAGUCCUUCAAAAAAGAUGAAAUUUUAGAUGGACAGAGAUUAGGAGACCAGCUAAAGAGGAGCAGGCGGAAAGGGAGAAACAGACAGGAAGUUCUGGCAUUUGCUGAACCUGACACGACCGUAGAGGUCAAAACACCUUUUGAUUUGGCCAAGGCACAAGAGAACAGCAACUCCUUAAAGAAGAAGACGAAGUUUGUCAGUUUAUACACAAAAGAGGGACAAGACAAGCUUGCAGUCCUCAUCCCAGGUCGCCACCCUUGUGAUUGCCUGGGCCAGAAGCACAAGCUGAUCAAUAACUGUCUGAUCUGUGGGCGUAUAGUCUGUGAACAAGAAGGUUCUGGCCCUUGCUUAUUCUGUGGUACUCUGGUAUGUACUCGAGAAGAACAGGAUAUUUUACAACGUGACUCAAACAAGAGCCAGAAAUUGCUCAAGAAGCUAAUGUCAGGGACGGAGAAUUCUGGAAAGGUGGACAUCUCUACCAAGGACCUUCCUCACCAAGAGUUGCGAUUUAAGUCUGGUCUGGAGAAGGCUAUCAAGCAUAAAGACAAACUGUUAGAGUUUGACAGAACUAGCGUUCGAAGGACCCAAGUAAUUGAUGAUGAGUCAGAUUACUUUGCCAGUGAUUCUAACCAGUGGUUGUCCAAAAUUGAGCGGGAAACUCUGCAGAAGCGAGAGGAGGAGCUGAGAGAAUUUCGACAUGCCUCUAGGCUCUCUAAGAAGAUCACCAUUGACUUUGCAGGCAGGAAGAUCGUGGAAGAUGAAAAUCCACUAGCUGAGUAUCAUAGCAAACUAGAUGAAACAAUACAGGCCAUUGCCAGUGGAACCUUGAACCAACCACUGACCAAAUUGGAUAGAUCUUCUGAAGAGCCUUUGGGAAUUCUGGUGAAUCCCAACCUCUGCCAGUCCCCUCCCCAGUGGAUAGACCAGACAGGUGUAGCCUCACAGAAGAAGGCUUCCCAGUCAGCAGGAUCAGAACUAGAGUUCAACUCAUAUCGGCACCAGUUGCGAAUCCAGGAUGAAGAAUUUCAAGAAGGCUUUGAUGGUGGCUGGUGCCUUUCUCUGCAUCAGCCCUGGGCUUCUCUGCUUGUCAGAGGGAUUAAAAGGGUGGAAGGCAGAAGUUGGUACACCCCUCACAGAGGACGACUUUGGAUAGCAGCCACAGCCAAAAGACCCUCACCUCAAGAAGUCUCAGAACUCCAGACUACAUACCGUUUUCUUCGUGGGAAAGAUGUGGAAUUUCCCAAUGACUAUCCAUCAGGUUGUCUUCUGGGCUGUGUGGACCUAAUUGACUGCUUGUCCCAGAAUCAAUUUAAGGAUCAGUAUCCAGACAUGAGUCAAGAAUCUGAUUCACCAUUUGUUUUCAUCUGCACAAAUCCCCAGGAAAUGAUUGUGAAGUUUCCUAUUAAAGGAAAUCCAAAAAUCUGGAAACUGGAUUCCAAGAUCCAUCAAGGCGCAAAGAAGGGGUUAAUGAAGCAGAAUAAAGCUGUCUGACCCAGGAGAAAAGGAACUGUACAGCAUAGUGGAUUUUUGUGUACUAAAAUUGUUAUCCGCUGGCCCUUUGGAACUGAAGCAGUAGAAAUCUCAAGGCUUGGCAUCAGGCUUGACUCUCAGAAUUUAAAUUCUUACCAAAACUUGUAUAUUUUUCUUAAAGAGUGGGAUUAUUACUUUAUGUAGUGGGUCAAAAUCUUUGAAUACAUUAUUUAUAAAAACCUAUUUUAAAAAUUCUA